AUUGCUCCCCUUUAGGGGCUCUGACAUUUUAGGAAGUUGUGCACGCAUGAGUGCUUGCGUGCACCUCUGACUCUCCUCCCCCUGGGGUCCUCCUCCUGCUGCAGGGAGGUACUCUUCUUCUUUAGGCUCUCGGCACCAGUGGCCAGAGCAACACGCGGUAAGUCAAGAGCUGACCCCAUUAGAGCACCAGGCUGGCGGAGGGGAAGUCACCCAGGAGAACAGAGAGAAUGGGGAACGCUCCACCAAGGGAAAACAGGUGGCAGCAGAACACUCAAGAAAUACCCUGGGCUCCAAAAAAUCAAAGCUUCAGCGAGAGGACACCCAGAUGCUGGGACAGCUGCGUUGCCCAAGGGUGUUUCUGCCUUCCAUGGAAAAAAGGACGCAUUUGUAAAGCAAAGCCAGAUUCCUCAGAGGAGAAUAAAAGAAUGUCAUCUGCUCCCAUGCAGCAGGACAGUGCUGACCAGAGCUCCUCGGAGGAUCUCUGCUACACCCUCAUUAGUCACAGCGUCCUUGGGAGAAGGCCAUCAGGGAUCUCUGCCGAGAGGUGCUAUGAGAAUGUUUCCCCUAAGACCGAGAAACCCAGGAAUUACUUGAGAGAAACUGAGACUUCAUAUGCACUUCUCCGGGUGCAUUCCUCUCCAAGCAAUUUGUCUUCCCCAGAAGAUGAAUAUGAACUUACCUAGUAGAAUCUCCUUCCAUGCCCUGCAACAGCCACAUCUACCUCUGCUACCUUCGAAGGCUCAGGUUUCCUAUUUAUAAUGAAAUAGUUGGACCAGCACUUGUCUAAUAGCAGUAAAUAAAAACCGGGGGUGCAGGGCUCUGGUUGAGGCAGAUGUAGGGUCUAGAGUCUUUUAGGCUUACCCCCAUUCCACACACACAACAGCCUUUGCUACAGGGGUCUCUGCAGAAUCUGAUUUGCCAACCACAGGACCUCUUAGAUGCAGCUCAAUAUUCAUCAUCCAAAGACCAACCAUCUAUCCUGAACACCACUCUUUGAGAACAGAGUGGCCAUCUUUGAUUCCAAAUGGCUUUGGAAAUGGGUUUUUUUGCUCAGUGGUGGAUGGGGGGAGGGGCGGUGGGGGGAUUGGGGGGUUCUUGGUGCUCUACAACUAUGAGCAUCACAAAGGCAGACCCUUCUCCAUAAAAUGUCCACAUGAUUGUCUCCUAGAAUCACAAGGAAGCUUUAUCUAUUAUACUAAGUGUGCCAAGAGGGGGAUCCACUGGUUCUACCAUGUUUGAAGGCCCAACCCCUCACUCUGAGCCUUCCAGGUGGGCACCUGUGUGUUCCUCUCACCCUGUGCCACUUUGCCAUGUCCUUUGCAUCAUGUUCUUUGACUUGUUGACCCUUGUGGCUUUGUUGGUUAUGUGAGUGGAAUCAGUAAGUUCUACAUCAGGUUUUUAUAUAAUUUUUAAUAUAAUUUUAAUCUAUAUUUUUUAACUUUGUAUUUUUCUCUAGAAAUCUUAACAAGAAAAUCAUAGCAUUAGAGAAUGGUAGAGUAGAAAGACCUGUGGAGACACUCUAAUCCCACUAUCCUUUUUGCUCAGAGAGAAGCAGCACAAUGUACAUUGCAAGUUAGUGACAGAACGUUAUUCGAAGCCUGAUUUCCUGGCUUCCAAUUCAGCACUCUUCCAACAUACUACAUAGAAGAGGCUCUAUUCAACUGUAUGGUGUAUGUCUGGUUGAACUAACAUGUCAUGUAUAAAAUUUGGGGGAAAAAAUGUCCACAUGGGGAAAGUAACACCCCCACACCUCCACACCAUACCCCUUCUCAAAUGAGCCUUUCUCCAUAUGUUCUGAUUAUUUUUCCUAAUUUUUUCUUCAUUGUUCCUAGAAUUCCAUCUAUCCCCUAAAACAGGGGUCAGCAAACUGUGACCCACAGGCUAAAUCUGACCUACUGUCUUUCUUUGUAUAAAUAAAAUGUUAUUGGAACACAGCCAGUCUUAUUCACUUACACUGCAUACAUGUUCAUACUGACGAUGGCUGCUCAGCCACAGAAGAGUUAAGUAGUUGUGACACGCACUGGAGGUCCUGCAAAGCCAAAAAUAUAUAUAUAUUUUUUGCCUUCUUCAGAAAAAAAAAAAAAAAUUAGGCCCCCAGGCCUAAACGAUGAUACUUGGAGUAACGGUAACAGAAAUGUGUUUGAGUAUUGCAACUCUUAAGAGCUGGUACCAAUAAACCGGCAUGAAAAUAUUAAACCACAAAUGAUAUGAACGAGACCAAGAAUAAUUAGCAAAUUAGACUAUUUCUAUCCUAUAUUUACACCUGUGUUCUCCACUUCCUGUUUUAUUUAACCCAUGGCGAU